CUCUUCCACUAUGGCAGUCUUGUGACUAAUACCGUCUAUUCUCCUAGUAGAGCAGGUAGUCUGUGAAAGUCUACACAAGUCUUUCAUACCCUCAGGUGAUCAGGUAGUCUGUGAAUAUCUACACAAGACUUUCUUACCCUCACAGAUCUAAGAAAAUCGCGUUAGACCUGGUUCUGUUCUCUCUUCAACAUAUAUAAUUUCCUUCAACUUCUACUUACCUUGUUGAAUUUAAAAAAAACUUCAUAGACGACAGUAUUCAUACUGUACCUGAUUUUUUUUUAAAGCUACUCCUACCAGCUUUCACGUUGUUUUCCGUCAUGGACGACAUCUGGUAGGAGGUGCCUAGACUGCUCUCACGCACUCAACCUCAACCUUGAAUACGAAGGAGGAGGAGCUGGCAACACAGUGGUGGAUGACUGACUGACUGUUGUCGCUGAGAACAGUCUGCAUGCACAGGUUUUGUUUUGGUGUUGUUUCUAGCCAGUGUGUCCGCGUCACUAUCACGCUCAUAUUUACGUUUUUUCCCCUUGGUUCAGUUUGCGAUCCUCUGCACAUUAUAAACCGAUAUUGUGAGCGAGGAGCACAUUCGGCUCGUGCGGAUACCGGCUAUAUUUCGCGGGAAACAGGCAGAAUUCAGAAGCAUCGGUUAUUGGAUCCUUUUGGUGUCAAAUCCAUGAUCGGAAACCUCCAGGUUAAAAUGGAAGUUGCUGUGGCAGAAGAGAAGAAGAAGAUAUUCCGAGCCAGGAAAACCAUGAAGAUAAGCGACCGCCAGCAACUGGAGUCUCUCCACAGCACAUUGUCGUCCCCCGUCCCGCCCCUGUCCAAUUCCAAUUCCAGCUCUCCCCCUCCCCGUAGCCCACUGACGAACGGUACGCACACAGAGGAUGCACAGAGGGGGGCAGACAGAGAGCAAAACGACGUUGCGGUGACGUCUCGUUCCACAACCCCAGUCCCCCCUACCUCCCUGACCUCUUCAUCCCCUCCCCUUGCUCUGUCCCUAUCGUUGUCUCCCUCCCCACCAACCUCCCAAAGCCCCAAAGCCAAGGAAGAUGCCACUCCCUCCCCCUCAUCGCCAUUCCACAACCUUAAUGACGUGCUGAAAAAGAUGGAGGAAGAGGGAAAGAAAAAGGAGUGUUCCACGUCCCCUUCCAAUAAGGACAAGGAAGGAAAGGAUACAGAGAUGGAGGUGGCAAAGACGGACGAGAAAGAAGAGAAAGCACCUGAGACAGAGAAAGAGGAGGCCUGCACUACAACUGGAAAGACCCAUGAGGACCAAGCCCCUAUGGAUCAGUAUCCUCUGGACUCUCCAUUCUCUCCCGUCUCGCUCGCCACGACUGACAAAGAGUCUGGGAAGGAAAAGAGGACAGAGCAGAAAGAAGACACCGUGGCCAUGGAAACGGAUACGGACAAGGACCAUACAGAGACCAAGGCAGUUGAGACCUCCACUUCCACGGAAGAGAGACCUUCCUCCCCCAAGGCCGCUACCAUGGCCUCCCCUGUCCGCACCUCCUCCCCCUCUGCUGCCCCUGAGCCGGAUCAGGACAUCAAAGAAGAGGUGGUGAAGAAGGAAGAGAAGAAGAAAGACGAUAGUCAGAAAGAGAAGGAAGGAGUAAUGAAGGAGGAAAAGAUGGAGGUAGUUUCUGUGAAAAAGGAGGUGAAAAAGGAGAAACAGAAUGUUGCCGGGUGUUCUACCUCAUCUCUUGCCUCCUCCACCUCCACCUCUACAUCCACAAGUGACAAAGGGGUGAAGGUGAAGGAGGAAAAGAGCUCCUCUUCUGGACAGAAGCGUCCCCUGUUGGAAGGUGAUGAGAAAGAUGGAGGGAAGGUUGAAAGAGACGGGAAGAGGCAGAAGGUGCAGGGCGUGGAGUUGGAAGCUCAGCUCGAGUUGAAAAUCACUGCGAAAGGUGGCAGUCGCCUAAAACUUGAAAAGGUUCUGCAGAAAAUGGUUGAGGAGCGGUUGAGGGCGCUGCAGCUCACCGUCUUCGACCAAGGUUUACAGGAGCUAAAAGACCGGGUAGAAAAGAUUGAUUGUGCCACAAAACACCAGAGCACCCUUAACACACUACAGGCCAAGAUUGCUAGAUUAGCAAAGAAAUUCGGAGAAGCCAACCAGGCCUCGGAGAACAAAAGAAAACAGGAGGCGCUAACGUCCCCUGUUGCCAAGACUGCACCUGCUACAAACACCAUUCCGACACAACGGCCAGUAGCAGCUGUCGUAAAGCAGCCCAUGACCAGCCCAGUCUCUACCAACCAUACAGUUUCUCCGGUGAAGCAGGCCAAACCUGUCCCCACUACCACUACGGCCACUGCCAUGGUAACACAGGGCUCCAUUCUGCAGCUGAUCCCCACCUCCUCUAGCUCCGCAUCCCUGUGCACCGUCACCUCCCAGAGCGGCCCCACCGGCACCCUGCUCCUCAAGACCACCUCUGGCUCCAACGUGAUGGGCCAGAAUGGCCAGCCGCUCCUCAUCCAGCUUCCUCUCUCUGCCAUGGCCAACGGCGGGGCGGGAACCCUGGUCAACAUCCCUGUGUCCUCCUUCGCCGCAGCCAACUCGCUCAACAAGGCCAAGACCACUACUCCCACCACUACCUAUAUCCUCAAGGCCGGCCCCACCACCUCCACCAUGUCCGGCCCCACCACCUCCAACAUGGCCUUGCAGCCCAUCUCCUCCACCACCCAGCUCUCCCCAGCCAUGUCCCCAGCCCAGAUGACCUUGGCUCGGGCUGUGUACCAGGGGGGCACUGGGGGGAUCAGUACGCCCAGUGCUGGGAUGUCAGUGACCACAGCCAGGGUGCCUGUUCAGGCGUCCUCUGGUCCAGCCGCUACGGGCUCGGCAGCUCCAGGACCUCCUUCGGGGACGGCUAUGACGUCAAAGACAGAUAACCAAGCAACAAGCUCUACUCCAACCAAAACGGGGGCUCGAACCAAAGGCUCCUUCAUAGACCUCACUGAGGAGGAGGAGGAGGAGGAUGAUGAUGUGCUAGUGACUGGUGUGAGAAAGGCCAUUACGACUGCGGUAUCGUCCUCUUCAGUUACCCAGCGAUCUACUGGACCUCCUCCGCUGAUCAGCACUCCUAGUGGCACAACAUCAAGAGCAUCUCCUCAACAGUCAGUUGGUGGUCCUCAUCUGACAGUUCACUACCGCCCCCCUCUGAUGCCAUUGUCUAAUAAGGAGAGGGCUGCACGGCACAGACAAAAGAUUAACGCAGAUCCAGUUGCUAGGGAGGAAAGACUAGCCAGAAGAAAAGCAAGCUAUCAGAGAAGAAAGAAGGAUGUCAAUCCUGAUCAUCCACCGAUCCAUACAAUGACACAAUCUGAUGCGGAAAAAAAGAGGGAAAAAUGGAGAUUAAAUCAGAGGAGGCGGCGUGAACAAAAUAGAUCAAAUUAUUGUUGUGAUGGUUUUAACUCCAGUGUUCACUGAAGGAAACUAUUUUGAGCAGCCCCCUGAACAACUUGUACAAGUACAACAUGAACCUGCACCUCCAGAGCUGGAGCAACCAUCCUUGACUCCAGAACCUUGAGCCUCAAUCUCAAACACUGGAGCAACCACUUGCUUCCUCUACUCCAGAAAAAGUGAAAAGGGUAUCAUAGCGUUGCAAGCGGCUGCAAAAGGAAAAACGAGAACUAAUGAACAACAUUCUCCAACUGGAAAUGCAACUAAAACGAUCGCAACAAAAAAGUGACAAAUUACGAAAGGUCAUGCAAAGGUCAAAUAAAUUCAAAUGCUGAAAAAUACAGGCCACGAGGGAAAAAGAAAAUGUCUCCAGUGAGGAAAACACUGGUCAUUGCAUUUCUCAAUAGAGAUGAAAAUAGUGGCCUUUUCUCAGGGAAGAAAGACACUGUCAUGCAAAAGAAGGUUUAGAGGCACAUACUCAUGAAAUCUCUAAAAUAACUCAAUGCAGAGUACAAUUCAGAGGUGGAUGGGACACUUUUGCUGUCAUUCAGACAGUUUUUACGACUGUGGCCAUUUUACAUUACAGAGCAAAAGGCACAUGACCUCAACACCUGUGCGUGUCUCAAUUACGAGAAUGUGAAACUUCUAGUUGACAGGUUGAGCCAAAGCGGGUUGCUGAAAGCCUCAAGAGUUUCCGAGUUACUGUCUUCCAUUGUCUGUGAUCACAAGAACAAGCAAUGCAUGUACCGUCUUUGUGCAAAGUUAAGCUAUGAUGAAAUAGAGCUGGCCCUACCUGAAGAGAAUGCACUAAUUUCCUGGCAACAGUGGCAAAGGGAGAAAUCGAGCAAUGGAGAAAGGUCCUUCUCAAAUUUUGUGGGGAAAAAAACAGAUGGGCACGGGGCUCGAUCUGGUUAAAAACUUAAACAAGUAACUGGAUGCUAUUGCGAGGCACCAGUUUAACUGGCUGCACCAAGUUGAGCAGUGCUGAAACUUAAAAGACACACUUAAAGAACACAAGGUUGUAAUCCGUAUGGACUUUUCUGAAAAUUAUGCGUGUCAGCUGCAUACAGAGGUUCAGGCUUUUCAUUUUGGGGGUGGCCGUAAGAAGGCAACUAUUUACACAAGUGUUGUGUACACACCACAGGAAUGCCAAUCCUAUGCCUCCAUUUCAGAGUCCCUCCGGCAUGACGAGCGUGCCAUGUGGACUCAUCUGAAGCCUGUCUUGGAUGAUAGGAAGGGGGAAAAAACAUCCCCGACUCCACUACAUGCAUGAGUGAUGGCCCCGUCACGCAAUAUAGAAAUAAAUAUAAUUUCUACCUCCUGAGCACGGUGUCAUUUCUCAUGGGGUUCAAAGGGGUCAUUUUUCUGAGAAGUCCCAUGGAAAAGGUGCACUCGAUGGGGUUGGUGGUUCGGUUAAACGUUGUGCAGAUGAGUUUGUCAAAAAGGGCGGUGACCUCCAGAGCCCAAAGGAGCUCUACACCAUGCUGGAGAAAACGCAGUCAAGCUUAAAGUACUUCUAGAUUGCUGAGGAUGAGAUUAAAUGAUUUUGAUGAAGCAGUUCCAAAUGAUUUGCCAGCUGUCAAAUGAACCUUAAAAAUCUACCAGAUCAUCGCAAAGUAACCUGGAAAGAUCCACCAUCGGGAGGUGUCCUGCAAUGGUGAAACCACCAAAGGACUUAAAAGGAAAGUUCAUAAUAGUCCAUUACGAUUACCAGCUAUUUGUUGGCCAAGUUUUGACGGUUGUAGGAGAGUAGAUGGAAAUCAGUUGCAUGCAACAAGCAGCUGAAAGGAAGAAUUAAUUUGCGUGGCCCCAAGUUCAGGACUUCACAUACUAAUUCAAGUCGGAUGUCCAAGCAGUGAUCUCCGAACCAGAGCAGUGUACUACAAAACGAAGGAAUUCAAAAUUCUGCAACUCUGACUGGGAAAAGUUUACAGAGCUUUAUUAGUCCUAAUUCCAAGUUACACACCAGUUAGGCUACAGAAUACUACUUAGGCCUACACAAGAAAACGACAUACACAAGCAAUCUAAAAAGAAAUCCAUGUUUUAAAGAUGUUAUUGAAUGAUGGGUUCAGUUUGAGAAUGUUAAUGAGUUCCAUUUGAUGUUCAAACAAUGGAUUUGGUUAAUAUUCUGAUGUUCAGAAUACAGAAAUGUUUUGUUUUGAUGUUGGUGGAAUAAUUGUUUAUGCAUUUUUUUUCAAAUGCCUGAUGUAAUGUCAUGACAUUGCUUUGAGAAAGAUAUCCACUGUUUCGUGAUGAUUUUAAGCAAAACUACAUUUUUUUUGCCCAAUGUUUAUGGAAUGUUUUUUAAUUAAUGCUUUGUUUGAAAUGUUCAAUGCUGAUUUAAUCCUAUGUGAAUUAAAUUGUACCUCGUGUCAGUUAAACUAUGUUGUGUAGUUAAACCCAUGUUCUUUGUGUGUGUGGCGUAUGGGUAAUUUCUCUCUCUCUCUCUCUCUCUCUCUCUCUCUCUCUCUCUCUCUCUCACUCACUCUCACUCUCACUCACUCG